AUGGUGGGCAAUGGUAAGCUAGGCAGGUGGAGAUUUUCUUUAAGGUCUUCGGCGGCGCCGGCGAAGAAAUCGGAGAAGACGAAGCCUCUCGUUGAGUUUAUUUGUCCGAUUUCUGGUUUAUUGAUGCUUGAACCGGUUGUGGUUUCCUCUGGCCAGACAUUUGAGAAGACAUCCGUUGACGUCUGUAAAGACCUUAAGUUUGUUCCAAUUCUCGCCGAUGGGUCGAGGCCUGAUUUUUCGACUGUGAUCCCUAAUUUAGCUCUUAAGAAGGCGAUUCAUAGCUGGUGUAUGUCGACGGGGGCGGAUUUACCUCGGGAUGUGGAUUAUAGCUCCAUUGAGGUUUCAGUUCGUAGGAUGAUGGCUUCUUCCACUCAAAUUGAAGGUGAUUCGAGGUUUAGGGAUUCGGAGACGAAUUUGCUUAAAGGAAUGGCGGAGAAGCCGCCGGUGAUUUUGACGCACGCAGCGACGGAAUUGAAUCCUCGAUCUAUUCCUCAUCAUCAUCACUUUUACUCCUCGAGUUCAGAAGAAUCGGUGCUCGCGAACGUUCCAGAUACUCCACCGCUUCCAUUCGUGACACGCCCGUCUUGCUAUUCAUCUUCUCCUUCCGCUUCAACGUCUUCCGAGAUCGUCGUUGACGAAACCCCAGACCCUAACUCAUCCACCUCCGACGAACAACAUUUCGCAUCAAAGCUCCAGAGCCCCGACAUUUUCGAGCAAGAACAGUGUGUGAUUUCGCUGCGGAAAGUCACCAGGACCGAUGAAGAACUUAGGGUUUCUCUCUGCACGCCGCGGCUGCUCUCAGCACUCCGCCAGUGUCUCCAUUCGAGGUACGCCACCGUUCAAACUAACGCCGUCGCCGCUCUAGUGAACUUAUCGCUAGAGAAUGCAAACAAGCUGAAGAUCGUCCGGUCGGGGAUCGUUCCGCCGUUGAUCGACGUGUUGAAGGCCGGAGUUUCCGAGUCUCAGGAACACGCCGCCGGCGCGCUCUUCAGCCUCGCACUGGAGGAAGAGAACAAAACAGCCAUCGGCGUCCUAGGUGCGUUGCAGCCGUUGCUUCACGCUUUGCACUCCGACAGCGAGCGAACUCGGAAUGACUCAGCUCUAGCUCUAUACCAUCUCUCUUUGAAACAGAGCAACAGGGUCAAACUCGUGAAACUCGGCGCCGUUUCAACUCUGUUAACAAUGCUUGAAACUGGUCUCGCCGGAAGGGUAUUACUGGUAUUAUGCAAUCUAGCCGCUUCCAAUGAAGGUCUGCGUGACCUCUUCUGUCUCGACCACCACCGUCGCAACCCUCCUCUCCGAUCAAAGCCAUCAAUCGCCGCCUUCCUCUCCGAUCCGGCGUCCUCCGAUUUUCCGACCAUCAUAAUCGAUUGCAGCAGCCGGCGAACAACAACCCUCGAUCGAUCGUACUCCACCCUGCUCGAUCGUCUGCUCGCCGCCGUUAACCACCCUGCUCGCCACCGGCCGGAGACCGUCGCCCCCACAGCUACACCGGAGACUUCGACCUCACAGAAAGAUUCAUGGAUAAGGCUUGGAAGAGUUCUUAAGGAGAAAUUUGGGGUUGAGUUGACUCAAAAACAAAUGAAAAACGCAUAUGACAAUCUGAAAGCCAAAUACACUGGAUGGGGGCAUCCGAAAGCUGCUUCUUUGAGAACAAUUCCAUUGCCUUUUUCAGAUCUUUGUGCACGUCUUUUUGAUGGAAAUAGUGCUACUGGUAAUUUUAGGAGUUACUCAACCCAAUCAUCAUCGGUAGCUGGCGCAUCCUCCUGUCGUGUUCCACCACUUCAGAUCACCGCCACCCCUUUUGAUGCAAUGGAUGAUGAUGGUGUUGACACUUCUCAUCAUGAGCCACCACCUUCUGCUGCUUCACCUUCUGCAGCUUCACCUUCUGCUGCUUCACCUUCUGCUGGUUCACCAUAUACUGCUACACCAUCCGGUAACCCCAACAAAAGGGCUAAACCCUCAACUCCUGUAGCUCCUAGUGCCUCACCGUCUGCUUCUUCACCUGAUAGAACUUCUGUUACUGCUGACGAUUUAGCAUUUGAAAUGAAGAAAGCUCUACAAAGUUUGACUAAAGGGUAUACAAUUCCUCAGUGUUUAGAGAAGUUAGAGGUCCUUCAGUUAGGCCCUACAGAUCCUUUACGCUUUGUCGCAUAUCAUAUUUUUGGAGGAACCAUGAACAUGAGAGAGAUGUGGAUGCAUUUGCCCGAUGUUCCCGAGAUAUUACGAGGGUGGCUUGAGAUGACGGGUUCAUAUGGAUCACGAUCAAAAGUUACUUCUCGUAAUUCUAAUGUACCUAUACAUCCGUUAUUUUUGGAAGAGGGGUGGGAAGGGGUAGCGCAUGACUCUAGAAUAUUAUCAGAAGCAGUAGCCGAUCCACAAGCAUCAUUCCCGUUUCCACCACCAGACAAAUAUUAUCUUUGUGAUGCUGGUGGUUGUCGAGGCCAACACAAAUAA